GGAGGGAGAGAGAGAGAGAGUCCACCCGUCUUCUCAGAGGUUAAUCUCUUUCUCUCUCUCCGUCUCUCUCUUUCUCUCUCUCGUUUACUCCGUGCCUCAGUCGCUCCCUCCCUCUUCGCCUUUUGUUGCGGCCCCUCACUUUCUCAACACUUGGCCAGAGGGAACUGAUACUGCGCCUGGACCACUGUGAAUGACUUGUUUGAGUGCCUUGUCUCCACUUCAGAGCUUUGUGGAUUGAACCGUGCGUGAACAUGACUGAUGAGACUUCGUAGCACACUCCCCACGAUGCGCAACGCAAACUGAUGGAUUCAGGCCCCCUGGGAAGACCGUAGAAACAAACAGGACACCAUACUUCACCACAGUGACAGAUACGAGAGGAAGAUCAUCUCCUGGAUUCAGCUGUUGUACUGACUAAGGAACUGAAACAAGGUUUUUCCAGCGCCCUGUCAGCGUCCUGCGCCGCGUUCCUUCCCAUGGACCUCCGGGUGGGAGAGCGGGGGACCCCGCUGCACCAGCCACUGCUCCUCACACCCUUCUCCUCACAAGGCCGCAGCACCUUCUCCCAGCAGCAGCAGCUGCAUCAGCAAAUCAGGUUUAACAUGGAGCAGAGGAGACGGGAGCAGGAGCACCAUGAGAAACAUCAGGAACUGCAACAGCUAAUGCACAAAGACAGAAGCCAGCAGAGCGCUGUAGCGAGUUCGGCGGUGAAACAGAAACUCCAGGAGGUGAUUCUCAAGAAGCAGAAACAGGCAGCGCUUGAAAGAACAAACUCAAACGCCUUGAAUGCACAUCCUGUACCUUACAGAAAGCUUGGUCCAGACCCCAACGUCCCCGCCCAGCCUCUGGUCUCAUCUCCACCACAACCUCCAUCUGACGGCCUGGAGGGGACGCCGCUGCGCAGAGCAGCAUCUGAGCCCAACCUGAAGGUGAAGAACAAGCUGAAGGACCACCUGAAAACACGAAAGAGUCCACUCACCCGCAAGGAAAGCGCCCCGCCCACCAUCAAGCACCGAGCAUCGGACGUGCUAGACUCUUCCCCCAGCAGCAGCAGCACUCCGGUCUCUGGCUGUAGUUCUCCUAAUGACAGUCUGCCCAAUGAGAAUGGACUGCUGCCCUCUGCAGGCGGGCCUCUGCAUGAGGCUCAGAAGUUGCUGCUCAGAGAUGGGACCUUGUCUAACUUCACCAUCCAGAAUCCAUCCACUCUGCCCACCAUCACACUGGGACUGCCAGUCAACCCCAGGGCUGAGGUGGAGCUCUCCUCGCUGAAGGUCAGCCAUAUUCCCGUGGUCACUGCCGGGGGCUCGCCUGUCUUCCUGCCGCUCAGCAGAGACGACCAGGCGGGCCAGAUGAACCCACACCUGCCUGUCAUCAUCCUGGAGCCUUCUGGACUCAUGCAUACUCUGGGUGUGCCGGGCCUCGACCCCGUCCCUUUGCAGUUCGCGCCACAGUUAGACCGUCUGUCUCCAGGGGGCGUUCAGGCCCACAAGCCGCUGAGCAGAACCCGCUCGGAACCCCUUCCUCAGAGCCCCCGGGCCCUCCACAACCAUCUCCUCCAGCAGCAGCACAACGCGCAGCUGCUGGAGAGGCUCAAGCAGCAGACGCACCUGGGAAAGCUGAUGUCCAAGUCCAGCGAGAAGCCCAGACUGCAUCAGAUCCCAUCUGAGGAUAUGGAUUCUGAGGAUGGCGGUGGAGCUUCACCCACGGAGACCAGCUACCAGAGCAGAGUGCGGGCGGAGUCACUGAGGGAGGCGGAGCCAACCGGAUCCAAAGCCCAAGAGCAAAUCAACCUACAGCAUGCUCUCAUACUCAACCAGUCGUUGCUAUAUGAACAGCAGAAGCAGCUGCAGCAGAUGCAUCAGCAGAUGGAAACCCUGGCUGUGCCUGUGUUCCGCGGCGGCGGGCCGGCCUGCGGGCCUGGCGUUCAUCGGGCGCUGUCGCGUACACGCUCGUUGCCGGCCUCCACCUCGCUCACUCCGCCUGAGAACACCCUGAGCCUGACGCCGCAGGACACUGUCAGCAAACCCCGCUUCACCACCGGGCUGGUUUAUGACUCUCAGAUGCUAAAACACCAAUGCACAUGUGGAGACAACAGCAGUCACCCAGAGCAUGCUGGGAGAAUACAGAGCAUCUGGUCACGACUGCAAGAGAGAGGCCUGAGAGGGCAGUGUGAGAGUAUCCGCGGUCGGAAGGCCAACCUAGAGGAGCUGCAGUCAGUCCACACGGAGCGCCACGUGUUGCUUUACGGCACAAACCCCCUCAACAGGCUGAAACUGGACAACCGCAAACUGGCUGGAAUUCUCUCGCAAAGGAUGUUUGUCAUGUUGCCAUGCGGCGGAGUCGGGGUGGACAAUGACACCAUCUGGAAUGAGUCACAUACUUCCACAGCAUCACGCAUGGCGGCGGGCAGCGUCGUUGAGCUGUCAUUCAGGGUGGCCAAAGGAGAGCUCAAGAACGGCUUUGCUGUGGUCAGACCGCCAGGACAUCACGCCGACCCCUCCAACCCAAUGGGUUUCUGUUAUUUUAACUCUGUUGCCAUAGCUGCCAAGCAGCUCCAGCAGAAGCUCAAUGUCAGCAAGAUCCUCAUCGUCGACUGGGAUGUUCACCAUGGUAACGGCACCCAGGAGGUGUUCUACAGCGACCCCAGCGUUCUGUACAUUUCACUUCAUCGCUAUGAUGACGCAAACUUCUUCCCUGGCAGCGGUUCACCAACAGAGGUUGGUUCUGGAGCCGGUGAGGGCUUCAAUGUGAACAUAGCCUGGACCGGAGGCUUGGAGCCACCCAUGGGAGAUGCUGAGUAUCUUGCUGCGUUCAGGUCUGUGGUGAUGCCCAUCGCUCAGGAAUUCUCUCCAGAUGUGGUUUUGGUGUCGGCCGGGUUUGACGCAGCUGAGGGAAACCCUGCUCCUCUGGGCGGGUACAAAGUCUCUGCCAAGUGCUUUGGCUUCCUGACCCGCCAGCUCAUGUCCCUCGCUGGAGGCCGUCUGAUUCUGGCCCUUGAGGGAGGUCAUGACCUCACAGCCAUCUGUGACGCCUCUGAAGCCUGCGUCAGUGAACUACUGGGUAUACAGGAUGCAAUGUCAGAGGAUGUUCUGCUCCAAAAACCCAACGCCAACGCAGUGCGCUCCCUCCAGACUGUGAUAGAAAUACAAAGUCAGUACUGGCAGAGUGUGAAGGCCCACAGCGGAUCGGUGGGCAGGUCGUACGCUGCCGCUCAGAGUAAGGACUGCGAGGAGACGGACGCCGUAAACGCUUUGGCCUCGCUCUCUGUGGGAGUCAUCUCCAACAAGAGGCUCCUGGACGAGCCGAUGGAUCACGAAAGCAACUCCAUGUAGGAAAACUCGCAGAAAUUCAAGAAAAACAUGUGCCUCAACAACCAUGGGUUCUCCAUGGCGCUGUCUGGGUUUUUUGCAAUGCCACUGAGCCCUUCCCCUUCCUCCUCACACCAGUUAGCCUUCUUCACACUCAACCACACCAGCCGACACACAAGAUCGAACCUCAGAGCUGGUAACCACUUGUAGCACUACCUGCAGCUGAGAAACCUUGGGAAACCUCACCAAAGAGCAAUACAAGUUCACUCUGACAGACUCCUCAUCUCUCCUGACUGACAGCCACUCAAAGAGCUAUGGAACACAAAAAAAUAAAUAAAUAAACAGUUUUGGAGAUCAGCUGGGAUUCUCCUUGAAGCACUGUGCACCAGCAGCUGAUUUGAUGCCUUAACUUCACCCUCGUGUUUUUUUUUUCUUUGUAAAGCCCCAGCAUCAGGUUUCACAGUGAGGAGGACUUCACAUGUGAGAGCUGGAGCAAAUGCUGAGCAAACGCUGAGCAAACGCUGACCAAACGGGACGAUGAAUGGACACACCGCGUCGGAUGCCCGACCGGUCAAUACACGACAGCAUCGCAACGAAGACGGCGACAAAGAGAAGCGUGCUGAGACAGUUUAACCACUAGACCAUGACGGUAAAGAACUCAAGGAAAGAGAGUGAAUGAAGACACAAAAUGGACAACUGUGGUUUUUAGGGGGAAAAAAAGGACAAUUGUCCUUUGUUGUUUUAUUGCACUGUUCAGUCCUUAAUGUGAACCAUAAGAAAUUCCAAAGCUCUGGGAUCACACAAUUCCUCUUUGUAGUUUUUUUCCCCGAAAAUUUGGAUAAAAUAGUGUUUGUUAUAUUGUUUCCAAAUUCUUUUUUUCUCCUUUCUCACUCUUUUUAUGCUGGCCGAAAUACUGUAGAGUUGUAUUUCCUGCCAACCAAACCAUAAAAGUAGGCAAGAAUAUCUUUUUUCACUGCUGUUCAGCGUCUUAUUCUGUCUUGCAUACAGACAUAAAACUCAUUCCGACAUGUACAAAGCAAAGACAAACUGUUAUUGUACCACUAGUAUUGAAUGCUAUAUGUUGAUGUUUUAUUUUUGAGACUAAAGGCGUGAUCAUUCCACCCUGGCACCACUGAAGACUAUAUUGUAUUGUUCUAUAUAAGCAGUACUGUUGAAGCACUUAUGAUGACUAGAGAUGCACCGAUCAGAUUUCUGUGGCCAAUUUCCGAUAUCCAGUUUUAUGUAAAGCUCCCACCUACUAAUGUCAAUGUGACCCAAUUUCUGUUUAAAACCUCUUUUAUUAGUUUUGAAAUAUUUUGUGCAUUCAGUACAGCAAAGCAAGACAAAAUCAGCAAACGCAAGCAGACAUGUUGGCUGCAAGAUCUAAAGGACCAACCACAAAAACCCCAAAAAUGAAAGCAUAGUGUUGACAUGACAUUGCUGACGUUGGGACCAUAAAUAAAUCUCUAAAGUCUUUAAACAAAGGGUUAUAUAAGAUGAUACUGAAAUGGAAUAUGGAGGCAUAAACUUUGUAGAUGAGGUUCUGUGAAACAAUGAACUAGAAAAGCAUCAACACUUUCAGUCAAUCUGUACGGCCGACCCCGGGUGUUUCCUGGGGUUAAGGACCAUGAACACAUGAGACGCCUUCUAAACAUGCCUAUAGCUGCCUAUUUUAAUAACUGAAACAUCAAAUAUAUCGUAAUGUACAUCAUAUAAUAUACAUCGGAAACCAUCUUAGAAGCUAAUAUUGCAGUCCUCCUUAUUUCCACCCUUUGGGGUUUCAUCCAAUUAGCAUCACAAAAAAGAAAUGCAACUCCUGGAUCGGCUGUUACAAAAAACAGCCAAUUUCAGCUUCCCAAGCUUCUUCUUCUUUUGAAUAUAUUGAGUAUUAUAUUCUUGUGAGGAAAAAAUUGCAUUUAGCUUUGGAUGAUGGUGCAGGAGGACCUCUUCAGUUGAAUCACACUUAUCACUCCAGGAGGACGGUGAAGGUAAGCUCAGGUUAGCCUCGGCAUAAUGAAGCUUCUAGAACCUGUAAUUAAAAGCCUGCCUGGGUGAGAGAACACUCGCUGUAAUAUGGGCUUUUUACUAUUUUAAAACAAUGACGAAAUAAUUUCAGAAUUGUUAUUUAGCUUGUAGCAUCCUGUAUUAGCAAUUAGCAUGACUAGCAUUGGUAAACAAUCAAUCCAGCUCCUACUUUUGUUCUUCAUUUUUCUUACAUUUUAAACACUUCACAGAGAUCAGAAGUUGUUAACUUUGAGGAUUCUACUCUUAAGAAACAAGUUCCACACCAAAGAGAGUUGUAAUUAGCACCAGGUGUGGUGGGGGGAUCAAGCUGAACUUGGGAAGAUUCCAGCCACAGGCCGAUUUUCUGGUGCAUCUCUAAACGCAACCCAAAGAAAAAUCUGCCUUAAAGCAACCUGCUGCUGUAUGGAAGUGACAUGAGAACAGGUCUAAACUUUGGAACAUAAUAUUCUAACUUUUGGACUAAGGCUCACGUCACAUAUACAGUCUUUUCUAAACUUUUUGCUUGUGACUAUAAUGACUCACUCUGUUUAGAUUUUUUUAAGAAACGAGUCUUGUUUUAAUUAAGAAAACGGUUUUUGUUUGUUGAAGAAAAACAAUGUUGGUAGCUGUAUCUCCAUGUGAGAAUCUUCUGUGUAUUUGUAGCAACUCCUCUUAUCAAACAGCUACAGUUUACCACAGAAGCUGAUGGUGAGCAAUCGAAUCUGUUCAGGACUUUGCAUUCCAAAUCUAUGGAAAGCAAGAUUGUGUUUGUUAGUGUUGUAUCACAAAACGGAGAUUGUCAGACUUUGUUCUAUGCAUCCUACGUUGGGUUUGGAUGAGUCGUGCUAAUGUUGUUUUAGACGAGAGCUCUGGUUGGCUGAGUGUAAUUUCUGGAUGAAAAUGGUUCAAACUUCUCAUACUUCUAGACACUAACCUCCUAAAACUUAUACUAAUUAAAAGCAAAUGUGGCUUCAUAGUUUCUCUUUGCGAUUUUUUUUUACUCAGAAAUUCUACUUUUAAUCUUUUCUCACAGUUUGACAGUAUACUCGGAGUAUUGUUUUUUUUAUUAUUAUUAUUUUGUUUUUUUAAACUCCUUCCGUGUUUAGAGAUGAAGGAGACUUGUACUGAAGGAAAUAUGGGUUUGUCACUCAGACAGAAAACUGUGCCGGCCUUUUUUACAAUCAAAUCCUGCAGAUUUUCUUCCCAGCAAAGGUUGGACUAUUUCUGCAGAACUGAGAUAAGUCUGUUUUCUGUCAUGGUGAGUCUGGUUGGAAUUUGUUCGUAAUUUUCUCGGUGGGAGGUGUCAGCAUUGAAACAAAGCGCUGCGUCUGUCUCAUCCAGCGUGGCCAGCAGCUGCCUGCGUGUCGUCUGUGAGGUAAAAUGUUGUCUGUGAUUGUGUGUGCACUUCUCAUGUGUUUUGUGCAUGCGUUGGCAAGUAUUAAAGUGUCCGAGUGCGUCCGUCGAAUACUGUAAAUGACCUUUGUAUGAUAGUUCCCCCCUUGUAUUUGUCUUACGAAGAGGCCGGUUCUGCCUCAGCUCUUCAUUCCUUUCAUUACUGAUGUAAUUUGUACAUUCUUCUUAAAGAAAGACGCUGUAAAUAGAAACUGAGACCAAAAUACACGUCACACGUGUGCCUUGACGCAUUCAGUAGCAUGUGUAUUGGUAGUUUUUAAACUAACUGGACUUACAGUAACUUUGUAUCUCAAAACAUGACAUUGAAAUCUUUUUCAUUCUUACUUAACUUGUAUUUUUCAUUCACAUUUCCUACCAUGUGUAUGUAUAGAAAGAUUGUCUAUUUUAUACUUUUUGCCUUUUCUUGAUUAAAAAAAUUCUCUGCUCUAAGG